UACCACUGUUUGGUUUUCUCCAGUGUUAUUCUUCAGUUUCUCACUUCGGCAAUUGGUCAAACAGCGGGAUAUAUAGGCAAUAUAUUAUCAGAGUGCAUCUGUUAUGUUUCAGAUAUUUAGUCUGUUGUGUUUAUCUGUUGUUUUAUAAUGGUUUGGGAAUAAAUAUCGAAGCAAAACAUUGAAAGUUGCGUCUCGAUAGGCCAGAGGUAGUUGUCCCCAUGGUCCUGUAACUGAAGCUUGUCAACUCCAGCCAAACGUUAACUGAACUGUUUUCGAGGUUGGUUUACUAUCUGUUCAGUAAACAUGGACAGCGAGGUGCAACGUGAUGGAAGAGUCCUUGAUCUCACCGACGAUGCGUGGCGAGAGGAUCGCCUUCCUUACGAGGAUGUGAAAAUCCCGCUGAGUGAACUCCCGGAGGCUGAGCAAGAUAACGGAGGAUCAACUGAAUCCGUCAAGGAGCAGGAGAUGAAGUGGACCGACCUGGCGCUGCAAAGCCUUCAUAUUUAACACACAUUUGAAUAUAAGCAAGCCAAACUCGCACUACACACACACAAACACACACAGACAGACGUACGUACCAUCUUUCAAAGAGGAUGCAUAGACCAUUAAUCCAAAGAUGGAGGAGACAGUUGUUAAGAAACAGAACAGACGUUGUAAUUUCCCCAUACUUAUGUCUCCAGAGAAGACUCAUGUUCGCAUAGAGAUCAAUAUCUGUCCGUGCAUGUUGGCCCAGAUUUUACAAAUGCCCAAAUAAACAUUUGAAAGAAAGUA